UGCUUAGAGACAUUAAGAGAGUAAACUCGGGCAUUGCCUCUACUAAACAAUAUAUAUAUAUAUACAUAUAUUGUAUUUUAUACUCUUAAUAUCUCUGUGGGAUCACAGCAUUGCUGCUCCGUUGCCGCUCCGCCAAGGUUGUACAGAAGCCAGUUUUUAAAAAAAAAAGACGUCAUCAUGGUGCUUAUGAUACUACCGUUCAUCGGUGCGGUCUCUGUGUCUGAGAGUCUGGUUGCCAUGGCAACGGUGUGUGUGGUCUACCUGAUCUUCAAGUUUUUCCACACCGAGAUCCCGGAGGGGCUCCGCCGGCUGCCCGGGCCGAAGCCCCUGCCCAUCAUCGGGAACGUGCUGGAGGUGGGCAGCAGGCCCUACCUGAGCCUCACCGCCAUGAGCAAGCGCUACGGCAACAUCUUCCAGAUCCAGAUCGGCAUGCGCCCCGUGGUCGUGCUGAGCGGCAGCGACACGCUGCGCCAGGCCCUCGUCAAGCAAGGGGACGACUUCGCCGGCCGGCCCGACCUGUACAGCUUCAGGCUCAUCAACGACGGCAAGAGCCUGGCCUUCAGCACGGACCGGGCCGGCGUGUGGCGCGCGCGCAGAAAGCUGGCCUACAGCGCGCUGCGCUCCUUCGCCACCCUGGAGGGCACGACCCCGGAGUACUCGUGCAUGCUGGAGGAGCACGUCUGCAAGGAGGGCGACUACCUGAUCAAGCAGCUCAACACCGUCAUGGCGGCCGACGGCAGCUUCGACCCCUUCCGCCACAUCGUGGUCUCCGUCGCCAACGUGAUCUGCGGCAUGUGCUUCGGUCGCCGCUACAACCACGACGACCAGGAGCUGCUGAGCCUGGUGAACCUCAGCGACGAGUUCAGCCAGAUGGUGGGGAGCGGCAACCCCGCGGACUUCAUCCCGGCUCUCCGGUUCCUGCCCAACACCAUGCUAAAGAAGUUCAAGAAAAUCAACGCGCUCUUCAGCACGUUCGUGCAGAAGAUCGUCAGCGAGCACUAUGCCACCUAUGACAAGGGCCACAUUCGUGACAUCACCGACUCCCUCAUUGAUCACUGCGAGGACCGGAAGCUGGAUGAGAACUCCAACGUCCAGAUGUCAGAUGAGAAGAUUGUGGGAAUUGUCAAUGACCUGUUUGGAGCUGGUUUUGACACCAUCUCCACUACCCUGUCUUGGGCAGUGAUGUACUUGGUGGCUUACCCAGAGAUACAAGAGAGGCUUUAUCAAGAGCUGAAGGACAAAGUGGGUCUGGAUCGCACUCCCCUUCUCUCCGACAAACCCAACCUGCCUUUUCUGGAGGCCUUCAUCCUUGAGCUCCUUCGCCAUUCUUCGUUUCUGCCCUUCACCAUCCCUCACUGCACAACAAGAGACACGUCUCUGAAUGGCUACUUCAUUCCCAAAGACACCUGCGUCUUCAUAAAUCAGUGGCAGGUCAACCAAGAUCCAGAGCUGUGGAAAGACCCGUCCACCUUCAACCCAGACCGUUUCCUGAGCGCCGACGGCGCCACGGUCAACAAGCUGGAGGGGGAGCGGGUGAUGGCCUUCGGCAUGGGGAAGAGGCGAUGCAUCGGCGAGGUCAUCGCGCGGAACGAGGUGUACCUCUUCCUGGCUAUCAUCAUCCAGAAGCUGCACUUCCUCGCGAUGCCCGGAGAGCUGCUUGACAUGACCCCAGAAUACGGCCUCACGAUGAAGCACAAGCGCUGCCACCUGAAAGCGACGAUGCGAGCGAGGAGUGAGCAGUGAAGGCAUUUACAAUAUGUGUGACUCAAUAUAUUGUCUCCAAACACUGUAUGCAGGUCACCGUCAUCAUAUCGGUCAGUGAAAGAAGCAUCUUUCUCUGUAUACAAGGCACCGGAUACUAAAUUCGAUCUACUGAGGGGAUUGAAGCAGAUGUGUGAAAUGUGCUUAUUGCAGAUUGUCAGAGAUGUCUGUGUUUGUGUGAUCUUUGUAAAGUUUUUUGGGGGUUCUCUGCGAGAUAUUCCUGCACAUGGUUGGUGCUUCUCAGUGAAGUAUAAGGAGAUACCUGCUUCUCCUGUGUUUUGGGACUAAAACUGCUCCCGUUAAGAAGUUGUAAAACACUCAGAGACUAAGUUGCCUACUUUGGGACACACCGGAUGAGCAUUCCUGUUGCAGUUGUUUUCCUUUGUGACGUGGAAUUCUGAACUGAGCAGAUAUUACAUGAUAAUGAUACAAUUUACACUUGUAAGCAAAUUAUUAUUUUUUGGACUCCAUUAUAAUGUGGAUUUAAGACACUGACGCUAUAUUUGUAUCCCAAAAUGUGAUUUUGUAUGUAUAUCAAGUUAUUUUGUAUUUUAUAAUGUUUCUUUAUGUGCCUAGUGUUUGUUUUGAGGUGAAAUAGUUUUGCUGUGCAUCUAUUUGAAAUAUCAGGACACCAAAAGAGUUCCAGUGAUUUAUUUUUGGAACAUACUCGUAGGCGAUACAAUUUUGUAUUUUGUAUCUCUAAUGUAUUGAUGAUUGUAUAGCAUUUAAGGACAUGUGAUCCUUUAAUCAGCCACACAAAUAAACUAUGUUGUAAUUAUAA